AUGAAGCGUGAAUACAACGAAGAAUCUGAGCCAAUGGCACAAGAAUCAAAAGAUCAAGUUUCGUUCCACAUUGCUGACAUGGAUCCUUAUAUUGCAGAACCAACAAAAUCUAAAAUAAUGAUUUGUUGUACUAGUAAAAAGCAUAGAUCUACUAUCCCUGUACUUAUCAUUUUGGGUUUUGGCAUAACACUUCUUGCAAUUAUUAUUGUUUGCAUAGCAAUUGAGACAAUCGGUGUUAAAAAUGGAAUGCAUUUUUGGGGUUCAAAAAUUUGGCGUAAUCAUAAUAAAGAAGACAAAUUGUAUCAUUUGUCCAUUAUUUCUUAUGUCAAUAAUUUGAACACCACUUGGAAGGCUAAAUACAAUCGUUUUGCUUCUCGAGCAGUAAAUACAGAAAUGACUAUGCAAGAAAUGUCUGAACUUGUCGAAAAAGGUAAAAUGAUGAGUGAAGAAUCUCUGCUUGCUGAUACUGUUAACCAUAUAAAGAUGUUAAAAAGCUACAAAAUUCGUUUGCCACAGCAAUUUGAUGCUCGUAUCCGCUGGUCCUUAUGUUGGUCCUUACAUCAAGUGUUUAAUCAAGGUGGAUGUGGGUCAUGUUGGGCAGUAGCUGCAGCAUCUGUUAUGUCAGAUCGUUUAUGCAUAUCAACAAAUUACAGUAAUCAAAAGCAGAUCUCAGCACAAGAUCUCGUCUCAUGCUGCACUGAAUGUGGAGGCUGUCAAGGAUCACAUUGGGCUUUAUCCACAUUUAAUUACUGGCGUACUCACGGCAUUGUCACAGGUGGAGAUUAUGGUAGCUUUGAAGGUUGUAAACCGUACGCCGUACCACCAGACUGUGGUGGUCCUUGUUCCUUCGAAUACUAUCAGAAAAAGACUACACCAGCUUGUGAAUAUACUUGUCACCCACUUUACGGAGUCACUUACAAAGAUGACCUUAUAAGCAGUCGAAAGGCAUAUUGGAUUCGAGCAGAAAAAGGAAGCAGUGAAAUAAUACCUUCAGUACAAGAAGCUGUUCGUAGUGCUGUCGGAAACGAUGAUCCGGUGGAGCUGAUAAAACGUGAGAUUUACUUAUAUGGACCGAUUUUGGCGUGUUUCACUGCCCAUGAAGAUUUUCAGCAUUACGAUUCAGGAAUUUAUCAUACUGUAAGCUCAUCAGUUUCAAAAGAACUUUAUGGACAUUGUGCAAAACUACUAGGUUGGGGAGAAGAGAGUGGUCUCAAAUACUGGCUCUAUAUGAAUACAUGGGGUCGAGAUUGGGGUGAUUUUGGUUUUUUCCGUGUGAAUCUUUCAGAAUUACCAGAAGAAGCAGCUGCUGGAUUACUGUAA